UGUAGAACGAUGGGCGUCACGAAAUGUCAUAGGUUUGAUUGACACACGUUACAGCAUCACGAAAGUGUUGAAAAACCCGAAAUGGAGAGGGGUGCUUUAAGACAGACUACAGUUCUACGAAAACCGACUUAAAUCGUUUUGAGAGCUAGUGUUAAGUGAGGAAUCUGAAGAAAUCAUUCAUCCACCUUCGUAAUGCUGCCUUAUUGGCUGUGAAGACAAGAUUAGACGAAUUAUCGCAUACGCAGAGGCAUUUAAUCAUUCUUCUUGCACUACAUACGCAAUUUCACGGAAAAAACUAUAUCAUUUGGUACCAACCUAAGUACUUGCAGUUCACACAGUUUACAGCGGUAUGCACCUUUUAUAUGUAGUAUAACAGCAGAGACACAUGUGUUGUGUCACUUGUUCACUGACAGUGACCGGCAGUGUUUGUAUAUAAUAUGUCAGAUAGUGUUUGUUUUUUAACGACGAUAAUCUUUGGCGAAAGUAUUUUUGUGGUGUCGGCAAUGUACAGUUGUUUACGUUUGAUACGUGCUACGACGAGUGUGUUUUGAUUGUAUGGUUAGUGCUGACUAGGUUUUCCUGAAGAGUGCCACUAUGACAGAGCAAACUCGUUCUGCUACGCCCGCUGAAGCCACUGUGACACUGGUCGAAAGCGAAGAGGAUAUUCAGCAGGAUGUUCCUACACUUCGACUAAGACUCCGAAAACCAAAGCCUAAGAAGAAAGUUCAGUGGCGGUCUGGAACAGUUGAUAAUGAACAUUUGAACAAGAAGAAGUCAAAAUGUUGUUGCCAGUAUGAGAAACCAAGACAGUUUGGUGAAAGCUCCUCUGAUAGUGAUGAUGAUGAAUGUGAGAACUGUCAUGGUCAUGUGGAAAGGAAAAGGAAGAAGAAACAAGAUAAUGGUUCUUCAUGCCCAUUGGAAGAUAAAGAUGGUGCAUGCCCCCCUCCUAAUGAGCCAUCCACAUCUAAUUCUCAUCAAUAGUUUUUGAUGUUAAAUUUGGAUCUAGUUGGUGUGAAGCAUAGAUGUGACUUAGAGACACCGCAAGUCUCUUCAUUACAGUCAAUCAACUAUUUGUGGAUCAGCUGUACUCUGCUAUCUGCUGGUGUUAUAAUUCAUAUAUAACAAGAGACUGUGUAACACCAAAGUAUUAAUUUCUGUAUGGUUAUAUCCAGUUGAAAUAUUUAUUUGUAAAACUGUAUAAUAUUUUCAUCUUUGUUGACACGCUUGCUGGGUUUCCAUGUACGAAGCAAAGUGCACCCAAGGACCUCGAAAAUUCAUAUUUAAUCUGUGUUUAGACAGUGUUCACUCAUUCAUAUUAUGCAUGGUUUUAUUAUGUGGCAUGUUCAAUGAUUUUAUACAAGAAUUUGUUCCUGGAUAUGAGAAUAUUCAGAAUAUUAUUAACUAAUAAGCUGUUGUUUAUAAAUUGGAAUGAAACAACAGUUUGUGUUAGUAUAAUUCAUUGUCAUUUCCACUUUAAUGGUGGACGUGAUUAGUGAAAGUGCUUAUCACCUCAGUCUAUUAUGAAAAUAAGAAGAAAUAAUGAUGAUGUAUGUUAUGCUCUAAGUGUCACAAAUCACAUUUGUGUGUGUGUGUGUGUGUGUGUGUGUGUGUGUGUGUGUGUGUGUGUUUGUGUGUGUGUGUGUUUUCUUUUUUUUAAAAAAAAUGUGUUAAGGUUGUUUAAUAAUGUUGUCUUUAAACAUGAAUAUUUCUACUUUGUGUUUAUAUCUAUUAGUUUCUUGAGAAGUAACAAUUGUGUGCCAAUUGUAAUUAACUGUGAUAGAUUUAAAGUAAAUUGUUAUGAAUUCGUUUCAAGAAUUGUGGAUUAGUUGGCCAUUACUUGAAAAAUUACAAAAUACAUAACUAUACAAAUAGUUUAUCAUGUGUCUGUCAGUUGUAAAAUAAAAUAUUUAUGAUGAUGAUAGUAUCUCAGAUUGUAUGGAGAGAAUAUAAGACAGCACAUAUGACAACAGAAAAGGGUGGUAUAUUUCUUGUUAGAAUAGUUUUAGUGUAGCUUUUGUUGCAGAACAUGUUCACAUAUAUGUAGAUUGCUGCUGUCAAUGUUAGUUUCAAUAAAAUUCUUCUGAAUUUGUUA